UCCAAGUGGAUCAGAUGUUUCUGUCAGUUUGUCGGAACUAAUCCGAUACACAAUUUUACAUACAGUGCUAUCAGAGAAAGCGAAUUUCAAGCACCAGUGCCGGGGACAUUGAUGUGUCCACACGGCGAUGUCGACGGUUGGCGUGGAGGUGCCGCUGCGGCACUUCAUCACUCGAAGCAGCUACGAAGGAGCCUGGAACAAGGAGGUAAACAUGAUGGAUGGCUUCGGCACCUAUAACUAUCCGGACGGGAGUGAGUAUCGCGGCCGGUUCCAUCAUGGCCAGUUCCAUGGGUUCGGCCAGUUGCGCCUGUCGCAGCCCUAUCGCUUCACCAUCAAGGGAGUGUUCGAGCAUGGCAAACUAGUGAGCAUCGAGGACAUGUGGUUCCCCGAUGGACUCCAUGUGCAGGGCCAGUUCGCUGGCAACGACUUUGACUCCUCGGAUUGGGACUAUCUGACGUCCAAGGACCGACGCUACCAGGCCGAGCGACGGUACAACCAGCCGCCCGUGGGUCCGACCGCCUAUGUGACGAGCAGUAUAAAGUCACGUCACGUCCUUAAGGACUGCUACGAUGCGGAGGAGGGUAUCUAUAAUCCGAGAACCGGUUGGCUGUUGGAUCGACCGCCGCCAUUCGCCAGCAGCAUCUACGUUGGCAGUCCGAGCGACAAGGACUGGAUCCUGCGCCACUGCCGCCACGCUCGUGCUGAUCAGAUCUUCGAGCCAACGCCAUACUUCUGUCGCCGCAUCAUUGCCAACAACCUGCUGACGGAGAAGUCCCAGCUGCCCAAAACGGACAUCUAUGCGCCCAACUUCAGGCUGGAACGCAACCACCAGUUUUGCAAGGAAAAAGGAAAAUCCAAGCCAAAAACGGAUCCCUAUGAUCCACACUCCAUAGCCAGGGCCACGAAGCAGUGCAUUUCUGCCUAUGCGCGGAUGCUCAGUGAUUUGAAAGCCUUUCACUUUGGUGAAACGGAGACCACGACCACAAUGGUGAAGCCCCGUCGGUGGAGCAGCAGCUCGGCUGUGCAGCGCGUGGACUCCGUCGGGGCAUCCAGCUGCCAGUCCGAUAGCUUUUCCUUAGAGCCGGCCCCUUUGGACCUCAAAGAGACCUACGACACGGCCAAUGUCAUGAUGAACAAGCAGGCGGCCACGGACAAUUUCAGCGUUGUGCAAUCCAAUAUGAUUCGCCGAUCGAGCUUUAUGGAAAGGUCGCGUUCUCGCUUUGAAUUGUAAAUGGCUGUCAUAUGAAAUGUGUAUAAGAAGGAGUGCGCAAGCUGGCCCAUUGAGGGAGCAGUGGGGAACAGCAGUAACAGCGGAUCAGCAGCAGAUGGACAGCAGUCGACACCAAGCUGUUACCAAGGCUUAUAGGACGACUGAUGUCCCUGUAGGCUGGAGGAUUUUGAAGGGUUGGGGAAAGCUGUCAAGUUCCAAUUUUAUACUGUUCUAAAUAUAUUUUUAAGACUUCUCUUAUUUUAUAAACGAUAAGCUUUCAUAGCAAACUUGUACAUUACUGUCUUACUAUUCGUACACAAAACACAUCAAAAUUAAAAGUAUUUCGUUCGAGUUAGAUCAAAAUUUAGCAAAAUAAAUUUCAAAUUUUUUAACCAAAGACAAAAGCGACCGACGCCUCUGCGACUGACACGUACCGGUUGCAGUUCCAACAAAAUAGCUUGACGGUGCUCGGUGGAGUGUCGAAGGUGCUUGUUCUUCUGGGCCGCGUUCAGCUGGAACCUGGACGCAGCUUCCACGUCUGUGCCGUGCUGCUUGCAUGCCGCUGAAGUUCUCUGGAGGAGAGAGAGGAGAGCAGGCAUGCAGCGCCGUUGCGGACUCGGACCCCCUAGUGCCACAAGCCAGUGGAGGGACUUCUGUGGCUUCUCCAGACUAAAUUGAUGCACCACCGAAACGGCUUGAGCAGCCCGCCUUUCGUCCAGUGACCCGUCCCGCCUCAGGAUCAGUUCGUUUUAGAUGGGAACCAUGUCUGUCGUUCUCCGCCAUGGUCUCCAUGUCUUGCAGCUGGCGAAUCAUUCAUGAAGUGUCGGAGCUUACGAAGUCUUUGGAGCUCCACGAGUAAAUUGGAACGUUUUUGGGCCCGGUCGAUCCGACAGGAGUUGUCUGGUUGGCAUUUACCAGGAACUUUUUGGUCGCAUCGGAUGUCCUUGGAUCCACAAGAUAGCUAAGUCUUGCCAAGAAAGAUCAAAUUCAAGGUACUACAGCCAUUGUUGCUUUUUGGAUCAAUUUAAAA